CUCUACUCCCUACGAAGCUUCCUGGAAACUCACUAUGCCUCCCUUCUCUUCUCUCCCAUUUAAACCUCUCUUCAUCAUCUCUCUUUCUCCGCAACUACCCUUUUCCUCUCCAUUCCUCCCGUUAGCUCUGCCCCACACUCCCCAUGAAGCUCAUCAGAAGCAUCCCCAAUCCAGGCAAGCUCUUUAAAUCCCAGAAACCUCGAUCCACAGUCAGAUCUGAUGGCCCGUCCUCCCCCUCUUCCGAUUCCGACUCUCAAUCCGGAUACAGGAAGUCCACCGGCGGGCUGUCCACGCCCACCAGCGUCUUGCCCGCGGUCACUAAUGAGAUCUCCACUGAGGAGUGGUCUGACAUUUCCGCCGGGGUAUACGCCGAGCUUGUUCAGGCGUUCAAGCUGAUCGACAGCGACGAGGACGGGAAAAUUAGGAAGGAGGAGCUGGGCGCUCUUUUGAGCCGGGUUGGAGCCGAGCCGCUCGGCGAGGAGGAGCUGAGGAUGAUGUUGAGUGAUGUGGACCGGGACGGAGAUGGAUGCAUCAGCCUCGAGGAUUUCUGCGCGCUCAGCUCCGCUUUCGCGCCGCCGUCGUGCGACUCCGAGCUGCGGGACGCAUUCGAUUUCUUUGACACGGAUCACGACGGGAGGAUUACGGCGGAGGAGCUGUUUAGCGUUUUCAGAACCAUCGGCGACGCCCGGUGUACGUUAGAGGACUGCCGGCGCAUGAUAGCAGGAGUUGAUGAGAACAGGGAUGGGUUCGUAUGCUUCGAGGACUUCAGCCGUAUGAUGGUGCACCAGAGAUGAUUGAAUCGAAAUGCUCUUUUUUUAUCGUAUAUGGGUCACUGGUAUAUGUACUCGGGUUUUGUAAUCGGAUCUGAAUAUGAAUGGAUGAAAUGAUCCGGUACUGGCUUCAACUCCGCCCCGCCCGUAUAUGUCUGUACUGGAUUUGGUUUUCACCAAUCACCUGAGGAGUAGAUUUUAUACACACUUUAUCAGGAUUAUAAUGUUUGCCGAAAAUUCAGUUGAAAAUAAACAGUCACAACUCAACGGAAACAUUUUUAUAUUUAUCAUUAUGAAUGUCCAUUAAGAACGAAAUGAAAGAUUUUAUUGUUAUGUAUGUAAAUCACAGGGCUAAAAAAUUGUACCGACUCCCUCCAAAUUAAUUGAUAUAUUUAUCGUAAUUCGUAUUGUAAUUGUGUUGUAGUAGUAUUGUGGGAAAAAAAAACUUAAAUAUUUUUUACUUAAAAUUG